CAUAUUUUCUUUUGCAGCUUACCAUUUGAAGGCUUCUUUUCCAAUUCUUUGCUUUUUGCUAAUUCACUGUGAGCAACAUGGCUCUAACAGACGAUGUUACAUCAUGCUUAAUUGACAAUAACAAGCUUUUCAAGGAUAUCAUCUAUACAGCACAAUAUACUGCCACUUCUGCCAAUCAUCUUGGUUACAAUGACAGUAGUAAACAUAACAGCAGCAGCAACAGCAGCAACAGCAGCAACAGCAAGCCUUUGCCACCAUGCUUCGAUCUCAAAGAUGCCUAUCGAACACAGGCAUUCGCCACCACCACGGUCCCUCACGACAUCGAAAACCCUAGCGUCAAGCGUAUCCAAAGAAGGCUUGUGGACAAAUUCCUGCUUACGAUGCGAUCUUUUAUCUCUAGCUUACUCUCUUUACCGAUACUCGCUCUUCUUGUCAGUGUAGCCAUCUAUAAAACCACGGUGCUUCACCUACAAUCAUCAGGCGAUCAACGACAUCAUUCGAUGGACGAGAAAAAAGAGGCGCUCGAUGAGCUCUUAUCACAGGACGAAACCUACUAUAUUCGACGCUGGGGCUAUGCAUGUGAUACACAUCAAGUCUUGACACCCGAUGGAUAUAUAUUGAAAAUGCAUCGCAUCUAUAAAAAAGGUCCACCAGAGCCUUCUCAAGGUGCAAAGGAUACCAAGAAAAAACCUCCUGUACUUCUUGGUCAUGGUUUAUUCCAAUGCUCAGGCGCAUUUGUGUUAAACGAAGAAAAAUCACUUGCCUUUAUGCUUGUGGAUGCAGGCUAUGACGUCUGGGUGGGGAACAACCGUUCGAUUGCAGGAUUCGGCCAUAUCUCACUCUCCCAUAAAGACCAUGAAUAUUGGAAUUGGGGCCUCAAAGAAUUGGGUGUGUACGACUUUUGCUCCAUGGUGGACCACGUCAAGGUGCAUAGUCAAGUGGACAAGGUCGCGUAUAUCGGCCAUUCUCAGGGAAAUGCUCAGGCUUUUGUUGCUCUUUCGUUGUGUCCUGAAAUUGCAGAUAGCCUGAGUUGUUUCAUCGCUUUAGCGCCUGCUGUGUAUGCCGGAGAACUUGUCAAAAACUUUCCUCUAAGUUUACUUAUCGGGUUGAACGAUUGGUUUUAUACGUUAUUAUUUGGCAACGGUUGCUUUUUACCCAUCAUGUCGGUGGCUCAACAGAUCAUAGGACCCAAGAUUUUCUGCUUUAUGGCUUACAGCAUGUUUUCGUAUUUGUUCAAUUGGUGGGACCAUCAUUGGUUACGUAGAAGAAAAGCCAAGUAUUUUCAGUUUACCCCGCGGCCGGUGAGUGUCCGCCUGAUUUCAGAUUGGAUUUCUGGAUGGGGACGUCAAGGCGUACUAUUAUAUGUUCAAUCACCACCACCACCACCACCACCACAACAACAACAAGAUGGCUACAGGGCCACAUCGAUGACGACGACCACUGUCUCCAGCAUGCCAUUACCUUUGUCAGCAGUGGGUAGCAAGAGAAAAUUGCCUUUAGUGGUUUUCUAUGGAACGGCAGACUAUUUAGUAGAUGGCCAAAAAUUUGUGGAGAAGGUUCAAACAUGUAACCCCUUCCCUAUGUUAGAUUUAGUUCAUGUCGAGAGAUUAGAAGGAUAUGAACACAUGGAUACCAUUUGGGGCCAUGAUAAUCAUAUCACUACGUAUCCCAUUAUUUUAGAUCAACUGAGCAAGGUAUCUUAUCCAUGAGAACACCAUAGACAUUCACUCUACUAUUUACUUUUUUUUUAAUGAAAUAAACAUCCCCAUCAGUUACCGC